AUGAUAGAUGAUCUACGAUGGAGGAACAUCCAUUUCAAAAGUUGUAAAGUCGUGAAGGGGCCGUCCUGUGGCGGCGGAUCACAUGCCUUGAUUGUUCUGGACACCACCGUCGAUGACGCUGGCGAGUAUGUGGCCGUGGCCAGGAAUUGCCAUGGCUCGGCCAGUUCGUCCGCCAUCCUUGACGUCACUGUUCCUCAUCUUGACAACAUCAAGUUCAACGGAGAAAUCGAUGUAACACCCUACCUAACCGAAGAAUACGGAUUCAAGAAGCUCAACUAUGCC